AUGAGUGCUAUGAGCUGGAACUGCAAGGGGUUAACUGAUAGUAACCUCCACCCAUUGGGGUUCUUCCCUAAUGCUAUUAGUACUUAUAACUUAGACUUUAUCUUUCUUUCGGAAACCAAAUCUCAGGUCUCUGUGUUAGAGCCAAUUUUCAAUAGGUUGGGGUUUCCAGGUUGUACGGGGAUGAAUUCUGAGUUCAGCAAAGGAGCCAAUUUGGCUGGUAAUGAGUAUUUCAUGCUGUUUGUUUAUGGCUCGCCUUACCUCGCUGAAAGAGACUCAAUUUGGUCUCAAAUAACCGAUCUUAUGGGAAGAAACCAAGGAAGGUGGGUUCUGUUGGGAGAUUUCAAUCAGUACACAUGGACAAACAAUAGAAAGGAUAAUGAAGUCAUAUACGAGAGGAUAGACAAGGUUUUUAGCAAUAAUCAAUGGAGGGAUCUCUUUCCAGAUGCUGAAGUCUGGAACCUCCCCAUUGUAAUCUCAGAUCACAGCCCAAUUGUCCUCAUUACCUCAGGAACCCAAGGAAAAAAGAAGAAAAGACCUUAUAGGCUGGAUGCUUGGAGCCUAAAACAUCCUGAAGUAACGAGUAUUAUCCAAAAUCAAUGGGCUAGUAUCCAUCAAGGAUCUUCAGCGCACAUCCUUCAAAGAAAGAUACAAGACACUCUAAGAGAGAUAAGAAAUUGGAGCCUGUCGUAUAAGAGCAAGAACAAAAUCGACUGGAAUGACAUACAUGAAAAGCUCUCGAACCAACAAGCUCACAUUACGAAUAUCUCUCAAGGGGAAUUGGAACAAAAACUUCGCAAAGAGAUCAAAGAAGAUCUGCAGGGCAAAUUUUGCUAUUGGAAGCAAAGAGCCAAAUCUCGAUGGGACGAUUCAGGAGAUAAGACAACACAAUUUUUCUACAAAAGUGUUAAAGGGAGAAAGAGUAGAAACGAGAUUAAAGCGAUCAAAGACGAUUCAGGCUAUCUUCUUAAAGAACAAAAUAAAACCUUCAUCACCCUCAUUCCAAAGAAGGAUAGACCUCAAGAAGUCAAGGAUUUUAGACCUAUUAGCCUCUGCAACACAUCCUACAAGAUCAUAGCCACGACCCUUGCAAAUAAGCUAAAGUCAAUUCUCGGAGACAUAGUUGAUAAAUACCAAAAUGCUUUCGUUUCGGGUAGGCAAAUGUCAGAUAAUUGUUUCAUCUCACAUGAAAUAAUCAACUGGGUGAAGAACAAGAAGAAAGGUAAUAACUUUGCAGGAAUUCUCAAAGUUGAUUUGAGCAAAGCCUAUGAUAGGAUACGAUGGGAUUUUGUAGAAGCUAUCCUAAGGAAGAUGAAGUUCCCUGAGAAUUGGGUUCAAUGGAUAAUGCAAUGCAUCACAACGGUUACUUAUUCGAUUCUCAUCAAUGGUGAACCUUCCAAAGUUUUCAAGCCCUUAGCUGGGUUAAGACAAGGAGACCCGCUGUCUUCUUACAUUUUCAUAUUAUGCAUGGAAGUACUAUCUAGAAGCUUAACCCAAGCUCAAGAUAUCAAAACGCUCGAAGGCUUGAAAAUAGCCAGGAACGCCCCAAAGAUUACCCAUCUUCUCUUUGCUGACGAUGCUCUCUUCUUCUUCAAAGCUCUCCCAAAGAAUUGCUGGGCACUAAGGGACAUAAUCAACAACUUCUGUCGAGCCUCAGGGGAGAUGAUAAACUUCGAUAAAUCUCAUGUCAUUUUCAGCCCCAACACUCCCCUGAAAUUCACUAGGAUUAUGAGAAGACCCCUUGGAGUCUCCUCUUAA